AUGCAAGUUGAAUGGAUGAUGAUCGAGGUGUACGUAACGUACACAACAUCAUUCAAUUUAUAUAUAAAGCUUAAAAGCAUUAAUCCUUGUGUUGGUAUUCGAUCACAAACUAUCAAAGUAUUCGACUUAACACAAUCAACAAACAGGUUUUUGCACCUCUUUCUAUUUACUUUACCAACUCAGUUGACAUUGCAAAGAUUGUGCAAGAAACAUUUCAAGUGCGGGAAAAAUUUUACAUAA